CCCGCUCUCCCUCCCUCCUCUUUCAGUGUCAAUUUUCCCUCCCUCACCCUAACCCCAAGCCCUGCUAGCUCAGUGGUAGAGCGUCGCACUCGUAUCCUGCAUUGAUGAGUUGCUAUAUAUGAUGCGAAGGUCAGUCGUUCAAGUCGGCUGUGGGGCAUGGCUUGGAAAUUUAGGACUCUUUUUUUGGCGAGGGCGGAAGGUGAUUUACAUGGCGAGGGCGGGAUACGGAGAAGGCCGCGAGGGCGGGGUGAGGAAGAUGGAGGCGAGGAAGAUGAGGAGGAUAGCGAGGGCGGACGAGGAAGGUAAGGCAGAGGGCGGGGUGAGGAAGAAGACGGCAAGGAGGGAACAAUCGCAUCGGGAGAACGGACGGAUCGGGGUAGAACAAUCGCAUCGAGGGAGUACGGACGAAUCGGGGGAGAACAGACGGAUCGUGGCAGAACCUCACUCGAACCGCACGCCCCACCCCCUCCUGCACUCACCCUCUCCCUCCUGCCCUCCUUCACCUCUCCUUUUCCUGGCUACCCACCCUCCUCUUCCUGACUGUCCGCCCUCCUGCCCUCCCCCUCCUUCCCCUCUCCUUUACCUGGCUCCCUCGGUUGUCCGCACUCCUCGGCUUUCCGCACUCCUCGGCUACCCACACUCCUCGGCUGCCCGCACUGUUCCGCGUCGGAGGCGCGCGCGUGUGUCAGGCAUGGAGGGGGGUAGGGGGGUGGGGGGUGGUAUGGAUGGGAGAGAGGGAGGGAGGGAAGGCAGGUGGGAGGGAAACGGGAAACAGUCGGCGACAAGUGGUGGGGCGAAGACACGGUCAAGGGGAUGGGCGAGGACGCGACAAAAGGAUGUUCGAGGACGCGGUUAAGGGGAGGCGCGAAGACGUGGUCAAGGCGCAGGGCGAAAGAUGUGCGAAGGGAAGCGCGAAGGCCCACCCGCCUCCACCUAGUCCGCCCACUCAUCCGCCCCCCCUCUCGCUGAAAAGCGACCGGCCCUCCUCAACGCGUCUGGCCUUUCCCUCGCUCCUCGACGCGUCUGGCCUUCCCCGCCUCCUCGCCUCAUCUUCCCCUCCCCCCUCUUCGGAGAGCGUCUGGCCUUUCCCCCUUCAGUUAGAGACGAGUCGAGGGAUCGAGGACGCGCGAGGCGGGGGAUUCGAGGACGCGCGAGUCGGGUGAUUGAAGACACGGCGAGAAGGGGAUCGA